AUGUUGUCUGCGCUUCCUUUUCACGCCGCAGGUCCGUUCGAGGAUACAGACUGCACUAAGAAGUAUCUAUUAGACAAAUACAUCUCGUCAUAUACUCCGACGCUUGGAGCACUCAUCGAUGCACAGUCAUCAUGCAGAAAUGGAGAAGAAUCACCCGCUCUUGUUGUCUGUGAUACAUCGCUUUCGUCAGCUAAAAAGGAUAUUCGCAGCAUCAAAAAUUGUGGCAUACAGACUAAAUUGCUCAGUAGCAAAGCAUCUCACGAUGCUAAACCACCGAAUGCUGAGUCCGCGUUCCUUUCCGCCUGCCAUACUGCUGAGCAGCCUCUCAAUUUCACAUUCGACGAAGUGCUCCACUUGGCUGCAGCAAUGCAGUUCUCCGGGUUUCGAAGUGUUAUUAGAUCAAUGUGGGAACUACUUGACGUGGGCGGGCCCUUUUUUGCCAAGACGGUAUAUGAGUACAUGUGCGACUGCGAUGAGGGCGAGGCGAGGUAUAAGCGCGCGGCUGCUGGACUUCGCAAAGCAGCUAUAGAGCUCAAAACGCGAGACGAUAUUCGCGCCGAGAGAUGGGUUAACCUGAUCCACAUAGGAGCUUGA